AUGGUAUCCGGAGGAGACGCUUCACCGAUUGCUGUUCUCGCGGUCACAGUGGUCUUUACGGUACUCGCAACUCUCUGUGCAAUUCUUCGACUUUUCACUAGACUUGCGAUCGCGCACAAUGCGGGCUGGGACGACGCCUUCAUUGCAGCAGCGACGGUCUUCUCGAUUGGUUCCGCCGGGUUGACGAUUCUGGAAUCUGCCUAUGAUCAGCGACGACGGCAUGCUGGGAUCGAUGCCUCGCAGCAGCUUACAUAUGUGAAGUCAGUGUAUGCUUCGAUCAUCCUUUAUAAUGCGGCAUUAUUCUGUAUCAAGAUCUCGCGUGGCUUCCGAAUAGCAUGCUUCACUCUUAUGGCGGCUGUCAUAGUCUACUCCAAUUGGUGUGUAUGGAGCGCUAUCUUCUUCUGCACGCCUGUGUCGGCGUUCUGGGACUUCACCAUCAUUGCUGCGAGAUGCUUCGAUAAGCAAUCAGUGUGGUUUGCGAACGCCGCCAUCAACAUCAUCAGCGAUAUUGCUACGGUCAUCCUACCUCUGCCAAUGAUCAACCGGCUUAAUAUGCAACGAAAGUCAAAAGCAGCUCUCAUGGGGGUCUUUACACUUGGAUUCCUCGCAUGCCUAAUGUCGAUAUUGCGCUUGGAGUCCUUGUAUGCUGCUGCUCAUCUUCAAGAUGGCCUGAACUAUCACGGCGCCAUGGCCGCACUGUGGAGCGCCGUGGAGAUCAAUACCGGCAUAAUGUGCUCGUGUCUUCCGACGCUACGGACCCUGCUUAUACGAGUCGUACCGCAUGCUCUCAGUUCAUCGCAUCGCACAGUACCUUCUGGCCAGGACCCACGCACUCGAAGCAAUGCACAUAAGGGCGCCAUGAUCUCACUUCAUGACCAUGGCCGCGGACUCAGUGGGCGAGAUGAGCCGACGCAGUCAGCCUAUGCACGCAGGCAUAGCUCCAUUGAUCUCGAUGUGCUUGGAAGCUCGACAAAAGAGAUCAGGGUUGUCACAGUGGUCGACCAAGAGUUUGGUAAACACGGAGAUGAGGGUGAUCGAAGUGAAGAGGGUAGCAUGCGGGAUCUGAUACACAGGACAUCGUCGUCGGUCUGA